CUUUACAAAUCGAACUGCCAUUUGUGCGCUCGCAUUUCGUAUGUAAUCGUCUUUUUGCAAAACAGUCGCACAUGUCGUGCUAAUCAAACGCAUAACUGAAAUACAUGUGUGGAUGCUUGAGCGGGGUGGGAAGCCCAAGCGAUUGGGGUGCAUGUGAGCGUUCACCUUCCGUGCGUGCGAUCGAACACGGAUGGAAUGGUUUUGUACUGAUAGAAAAUCGAGGCGGAUGGUAAAACGCUCGAAGCGACCCUAUAAAUAGACGACGACGCGAAACUAGAUUGAAACGAAGGGUGAACGGUUCCCUAACGUUUCCCCUAGGUGUGUGUUCGAGAGUGUAAUGCACUCAGAAAUAAACGUGUUUCAAACUUUCAUUUAUAAUGUAAUACUGCUUUAAGCAAUUGUAACAGUGUUACAAAUAAAUUUGAAGAAGAGACAAUAUUUUCAUUUCUUGAUAUUAUAUACGAUUAAAGCUAAAACUGGACAGAUAUAAGCGUAUUAAAGUAGUUUCGCAAUAUUUGAAAUAGUGAAAAAAACGUUUGAUUUACGAUUGAUGACUUUUUUAUUUUUUCCUUUUCCCAUUAACUCUACGCAGUACUUUUGCAAUCUUAAAUUGUUCAUUUUGUUUUAAUUUUGUUUCUGUUUCGUACUUUCAUCCACAGACUGCGCUAGUUGUCGUAAAAGAACAUAAACUUGAAUAUUACUUAUGAUAAAUAUUCAACUCGUCUCAAAAUAAGAUUAUGAAUGAUACAGAACCCGUCAAAGAAUACUUUUGCAUGGCACAUUGAUGUAAAUACCUUCUUGACGUACAAAUAUGUCGGGUGUAGUGUUUAUUGUAACAUUUCCGAAUGAAGAUCAUGAAAGUUUUGUAAAAACCAUCACCAAGAAGAAAGUUGUGAUUGCAGAAGCAAAGAAUACCACUCAUGAGUUAUACGCGUGCACACCACUUCAUAAAUCUCAAGAAAUAUUUGGUAAAUUCACACCUAACAUUUCGCCCAUGAUGGUUUCACCUAUACCAGCCGGAUAUGAAUAUAUUUCGAUGGAAAAAUUAAUUAAAGAUAUUUUAUCCAUACACAAACUCGAAAGUAAUGCAUGUUAUCAUCAAAUCGAUGACAAUUACAAGCAAGUUAUCUUUAGUGUGGAAGAAGGUGAGAAAUGUGAAGAAAUUUUGGAUGUUUUAAAAGAGCAUAACGUUGGGCAACUGUACGAAUCAACGAUUAGUAUUAUUCCGUGCAGUUUAUACCAACACGCUGCAAAUAGUGGAGAGAUUGAGAAUACAGGCGAAACCAAAAAUGUGUCAGCAAAUACUGUUUGUGAUACUGCUUGGGUCCGAUUCGUAAACUCUGUCCGUGCCCGUUUGACUGUGGCGCAACUUGUGGAGGUCCUGAAAGCAGAUGCAUCGUUUACUUUUGAGUAUAUAUGUCUUCUUACCUUAGCAGCUUUAAUAUGCGCAAUCGGAUUGGUCGAAGACAGCGACAUUAGCUUAUUCUCCAGCAUGUUCAUAUGUCCAAUGAUGGGACCCGUCUUAGCAGGAACCUUUGGCUAUGUAAUCCGGGAUAGUGUGCUGCAGGUAACAGGAAUGCAGAGCGAAUUAUUCGGAAUUGGAUUAGCGACCCUUGUGGGUUUCUGCUACGGUGUAAUUAUCUGUCUGUGCACAGACAAAUACGGCUCGGAUUGGCAGCCUACUAGCGAAAUGAUGUCCAGAGGAGAUGUAUACAACCUCGGAAGUGGUUGUUUGGGCGCUGUCUUAUCCGGUGCGGCGGUUGCCAUUGCUAUUCUUAGUCGGAAUUUUGCUUCAUUGGUGGGCGUCGCAAUUUCUAUUUCUUUGAUGCCACCUGCGGUAAAUGCAGGACUUCUAUGGUCAUUAGCUACUAUUUACUAUAUCAAAGACUAUUCUUCUCAGAAUAGAUUUCAUGAACUUCUUUCUUUGGGAGCAGUUAGCAUGUGCUUAACGCUGAUUAACAUAAUUUGUAUAUAUUUGGCAGGAAUUCUUAUAUUCAAGAUUAAAGAAGUGGCCCCCGUAAAAAUGAAGAACGAACAUCGCCGAAAAUUCUGGAAGCACGACGUACGUAUAACUCGCGAUUAUAACAAAACUCUACAAAAAGAAGAAGCCGUAGCUAUGCAAGCACAACUUAAUGAAUUAAAGCGUAACAGUCAAGCACACACCCAACUUUCACCCGAUAAUUCAAAAGACAGUAAAGACAAGAGUUUUCCGCGUUCAGACGGUAACAAAUCAAAUCAUUCAGUAUCAUCCUGUACGAUUGUCUCCAAACGUCCUACUAUACAAGAACUACAAGAAUUGUACAAUAAUAUAACACGUGAAAACACUUCAGUGUGCUCCAUGGGAUCAUCUAAACGAUUGGCACCUAUCAUUGACAGAGAUUGCAUGGCAUCGCCACAAUUGAUGACUGAAGUGGUUAUUUCAAGUGCAGCCGCAAGUGAACAUGGUGAUGUAGCGUGCGGAACAAAAAAGAAGUUUACUGUCACUCCUUGCAUUCUUGAUUUGUAAAAUGUUAUUAUUACCUCAAUUUUUAUUGUUUUACUUUUCGGUAAAACAUGCCAUUUUAAUCGUUUUGUUUUCUCUAGUGCCUUUUAUAUAUAUUUUAGUACCCAUUGUAGCACAAUGAAAUAACUAAUAAUUAUAAAUAUUUUAUUGUUCUCAUAAGCUUCUUUUCAUCAUACAAAAAACCACAAAACCAUAAAUUCAUGAAAAGAAAGUUACGUUAUCAUCGCUUUACAAAAAAAAUAUCCAAGUUCAUGGAACUAUAGCAUACCUGGAAAAUCACAUCCCUGCAUAUCAUUUGUUUGUUUGUCAGUUGUUCGUCACAACAAGUACGAGUACACAGUAAGUCAUAACAAUUGUUUCUUUUACUUUCAAAUUUUCGCAUAGAUCAACUUACAAAUAUCAAAGUCGCGAU